AUGGAACACCCACACUCCCAAAACUCGCGCGGCUGUACCAAGCCGUGCCCAGAGGGCUUCAAUUCCGAACGCAACAAUCUCUACGUCCCCUCUCGUGGCCAAAUGCAGUCAUCUUCGCAAGUAAACCGCUGGCCGCAAGACCCCAACGUUUUGUCUCAGCAAGGUAGCUGGGUUGGCCAUGCUACACAGAUUGGAAGCCAAAACGAGAAUAUGGAAGUCAUUUCAGGGCGUGAUGAGUUUUCCAAUGGAUCAUAUGACCAGCAGUUCCAUGGGCCGUACGGCUCGCAGUAUACCCCAGUGCAACGCCUAUGGAAUACUUGGAAUUCCAACACCAAUAGCACAUGUGACCAAGAAACUCUCACUCCCGGAAAUGCUUCUUCAUCCGGCCAAUCUUCACAGCAAGCAGUUUCACGCCGCACGGAAAGAAACGGUAACAUACCGUCGUCCUCAGAGCGUGCCCAAUACGCACCAUCGAACGCUCAGACAACCAGCUCCAACUACAGUUAUAGCAGUGUGUCGAGACCAGCCAUUCUCAACACAAUCGACCAGAAUGUGCAGCCGCUGGACACUAUGCAGAGGAUGCUACAAAAUGACACCCGCGCUGGUCCCUAUGAUACCGUCGGGUACAUUCGUCAAGAUGAGCGUGAAUAUGAAGAGUACGAUGAGGAGGACGCUGUCUGGCAACAAACAUAUGGAGGAACUGACCGGAAAGUUGGGCGUGAGAUUCUUCAUCUUUCACCCAAUGGCUAUCUUACGGAAGUGGGCGGCGCGCGGGACCCCCAUGCAUUACUACCAUCAAUCGAGAGCCUGCGUAUGACCAUGUUCAGCUUCGAUUUAGAGAUAAUUUGCCUUCUGACAAUGGGCCAAAUCGGCGUCUCGGUGCUCAAUGAAAAAUAG